GCCAGGCUGGCAGAAGAGGGAGCAGCCAGAGGUGCAGAGAUCCAGCUUCUGCCUCCGUCUGAUCCAACCACAGGCCGCCCUCUCAGCACCAUGGGGACGGGACGGAGACUCGGGGGAUCCACCAGCUUUCUCCUGCUCCUCUUUCUCCUUCCUUGGGACACCGCGGCGUCCGCCCCAGAACCACAGUAUUUGGUCCUGGUGCCUGUCCUGAUCCACACGGAGACCUCUGAGAAAAUCUGCGUCCAGCUGAGCCACCUGAACGAAUCGGUCACCCUGAGUGUCACACUAGAAUAUGGAGCAGAGAACAGAAGCCUCAGAGAAGUGACGACAGAGAAAGACGUUUUCGAGUGUGUCCCAUUCAAGAUUCCCAAAUGGGCCAGUCCGGGCUCCACAAAGGUGUUUCUCACCGUGUUGGUGGAGGGGGAGACGUUGCGUUUUUGGAGCCGGAAAACAGUGCUGGUCAAGAACGUGGAGGGCCUUGUCUUCGUCCAGACGGACAAACCCAUCUACAAGCCUGGACAGGAAGUUCAGUUCCGCAUCGUUUGUCUGGAUGAAGAUUUCCAUCCCAUAAACGAGAAGUUUCCUUUGGUUUACAUCGAGGACCCCAAGAGAAAUCGUUUGGCCCAGUGGCGAGACGUACAGCUUGAUGUGGGGCUCACCCAACUUUCCUUCCCUCUUGCUUCUGAGCCUGCCCAAGGCAUCUACAAGGUGAUGGUACAGAAAGACUCCAGCGGUCUAUCUCUCAACAACAAUCUUAUUGAAAGUCACUUUGAAGUGGAAGAAUACGUACUGCCUAAGUUUGAAGUUUCGGUGAAAGCACCCAAACUCCUGACAAUGAUGGAUGACGAACUAGAAGUGUCUUGUUGCGGCAUAUACACCUAUGGGAAGCCUGUCUCUGGACUGGUCAAUAUAAGCGUUUGCCGGCCAUUUAGCUACCAUUACGGAGGCCAAUGUUUCGGGAAAGAGUCGGAAGCUGUAUGUGAAGAGUUCAGUGGAACGGCGGACGCACACGGCUGCUUCUCUCAUUUGGUGAAAACGAAGGUGUUUCAGCUGAAGCGGAGUGGAUACCAGAUGAAACUCGAUGUGGAAUGCAAGAUCACAGAGGAAGGCACAGGGGUGGUACUUAGAGGCAUCGGUUCCACUGAUGUUACUUCGACUCUCAGCACCAUCACCUUGCAAAGGAUGGAGCGCCACUAUAGGCAAGGGCUCCCCCUCACGGGGCAGUUGACAUUACAGGAUGGUACCAACAAGCCAAUCACCAAUGCAACGGUUGAGGUCCGUGCAGGGUCCUUGAGCAAGUAUGUCACCAUCACGGAUGACCACGGGCAAGCACAGUUUUCCAUCAACACGGAUAAGUUCACGGAUGAUGCUGUUAAUAUCCAGGCAUUUUAUAAAUCAGAACAGUGGUGUGAUAAUUCUUGGAUCAAUCCUCAUCAUAGCCAGGCAUAUCACACAGUAUAUCACUUUUACUCGCCAAGUGGAAGCUACCUCCAAAUUGAGUCUGUUCCUGGGACAUUAAGCUGUGAUCAAACCCAGCCAGUGCGAGUGCAUUAUGCCUUGAACCCAAAUGCCGUGAAAGGGGAGGAGGUGGUUUUUCACUACAUGCUGAUGGGGAAGGGAACACCUGUGCAUGCAGGGACCCACACUGAGCCGCUGGAACACGCUGAAGUUCUCCAGAGCCAGCAGCAAGAGGCAGCUGACGCACCAGAACAGGAGAAGACGACAGAGUCAGAGUAUCACACCAGCUCCCGCAUCAAAGGGGUGUUUUCGCUGAAUCUCCUGCUGGACAUCCAUUCCGCGCCUCUGGCCCGCUUGCUUGUCUACACCGUUUUGCCCAACGGAGAACUUGUGGCCCACUCGGCGGACUUCACCGUUGAGAACUGCUUCGCGAAUAAGGUGAAACUGGAGUUCGAGGAGCCCAACAGCCUCCCCGCCACCAAGACGCACCUCCAUCUGUCCGUCUCCAAACCUUCCCUCUGCGCCAUCCACGCUGUAGACAAGAGUGUCUUUCUCCUGAAGCCCGAAGCUGAGCUCUCUCCUAAGACCGUGUACAAUUUGCUCCCUGUGAAGGAGCUCAGAGGGUAUUACUACGAAGGCCACUAUUUAACUGAAACAAACAUCAGUCCCUGUAUACACGGAAAGAAGUUCAUCAAAGAUGGUGUCCGUUACCGUCCAGACCCUUAUUCUUAUAGCGAGGGCGACUCCUAUCAAGUCCUGCAGGACUUCGGCUUGAAAGUUUUUACCAGCACCAAGAUACACAAGCCUAACAUUUGCCAGCAACAUGAAACGUCUGGAGGAGUUUAUUAUGCAGAAAGAUUCCAUUCCCCACCUGUUGCUGCAAGUUUAGAAAGGAGCCGGAGCUCUGAUAUUCUUCCUGCUUCUGCUGCUGUAGCAGAGAAACCUGCCAGGAAGUUUUUCCCUGAGACGUGGUUGUGGCUACUGCAUGUGGUGAAAGCCUCUGAGCAAAAGGGGGGCGAGUUCCAAGCACAGACCGAUAUCCCUGUGACCGUUCCGGACACCAUCACAGAAUGGAAAGCUGGCGCCUUCUGCCUGUCGGAGGAGGCGGGCUUCGGCCUGGCCCCGUCCACCUCCGUCUACUCCUUCCAGCCCUUCUUCAUCGAAGUCACCUUGCCCUACUCCGUGGUGCGGGGUGAGGUGGCAGUGAUGAAGGCCACCACCUUCAACUACCUGAACAUCUGCCUCAGGGUCCAUGUAACUCUGGCUCCUUCGGACGAAUUUGACGCUUCCCCUGUGACGCCGGUGGAGGACUCUUAUUGCCUGUGUGAGAACGAAAGGAAAACCCUCUCCUGGAACGUGACCCCCAAAACUCUGGGUGAGAUUAACUUCACUGUCAGCGCAGAGGCCGUGGAAUCGGACCAGCCCUGCGGGAAUGAAGUCGUGGUGGUGCCCAGCAAAGGGGCGAAGGACACCGUGAUCAAGACACUCUUGGUCGAGCCUGAAGGGAUCGAGAACGACGUGGCCAUCAACUCCAUGCUCUGUGCAGAUGAGACUUCACGUUCAACGGAUAUUUCUUUGAAGCUGCCAGAAAACGUUGUGGAAGGUUCAGCCAGGGCCACGCACUGUGUGUUGGGCGACAUGCUGGGUGGAGCCAUCCAGAACCUCCAGAACCUCGUCAAAAUGCCCUAUGGCUGUGGGGAGCAGAACAUGGCCCUCUUUGCACCCAAUAUCUACGUCAUGGAGUACCUCAAUAAGACCGGGCAGCUGACGGAACACAUCCAAUCCACCAUCACCAGACACUUGUUGGCUGGCUACCAGAGGCAGCUUAACUACAAGCACUCAGAUGGCUCCUACAGCACCUUUGGACAACGUAGUCAGGAGACGGGGAACACCUGGCUGACGGCGUUUGUGCUCAAGUCCUUCGCUCAAGCCAGGGGGCUCAUCUUUAUCGAAGAGAGGCACAUCACGGAGGCCCUGGCCGCGUUGGCCAUCCGGCAGAAGGAAAACGGCUGCUUCCAGAGCACCGGAUCCCUCUGGCAAGUCUCCCUGAAGGGCGGGGUUGAUGAUGAAGUCCAGCUUUCUGCCUACAUCACCAUCGCUUUGCUGGAGAUGGGUCUGCCACUCACUCACUCUGUGGUACGCAAUGCCAUGUUCUGCUUGGAGACGGCGGCACAAGCAAAAGACGCCGACGUUUACAGCUGGGCCUUGAUGGCGUAUGCCUUCACCCUGGCAGGCAAAGAGGACAAGAGGCAGGAGGCGCUGCGCGUCCUUGAUGGGCGAGCAGUGAGAGAAGACAGCGGUGCCCUUCAUUGGCAGCGGCCUGAGAAGCUGGUGGAGCACAGCGACACUCCGUACUUUCAGCCCCGCGCUCCCUCUGCCGAGGUAGAGAUGACGGCCUACGUGCUCCUUGCUUACGUGGCCAGGAAGCCGGAACCGAUCUGGGAGGAACUGACGAAGCCAACGGAGAUUGUCAGCUGGCUCAGCAAGCAACAGAAUCCCAACGGGGGCUUCUCUUCGACCCAGGACACGGUGGUGGCGCUCCAGGCCUUCUCCAAGUAUGCGGCCCUGAUCCAUUCCAAGGGCUCGCUAGCUGCAGACGUGACCUUGAGCUCUGGAGACCAAGUCCUGCACCAGUUCCACUUGGACAGCACCAACCGCUUGCUGCUUCAGUGCCAGACGAUGCCCAACGUGCCCGGGGACUACACGGCAGUGGUGUCCAAACAAGGCUGCGCCUUCUUGCGGACCACCUUGAAGUACAACGUCCAUCCGCACCACGAGGGUGCACCGUUCGAGUUGGAUGUGUACACGGUUCCCGAGACCUGCACAGGAGCCAAAGCUGAAAGGACGUUUCAGAUCUCAAUCAAUGUCAGUUACACUGGCAAGCGCCACGUCUCCAACAUGGCCAUCGUAGACGUUAAGAUGCUCUCAGGACACUUCCCGGUGAAGUCAUCUGUAAAGAAGCUGGAACACCAAAAUCACAUCAAGCGGACCGAAGUGAGCCCUGGACACGUCCUGCUGUAUUUGGAUCAGGUGACCAACAAGACCCAGAGUUUCUCCUUCGCAGUGGAGCGAGACGUGGCUGUCCAGGGCCUGAAGGCUGCCGUAGUGAAGAUCUACGAUUACUACGAAACAGAUGAAUAUGCCAUCGACACGUACAGCGCCCCCUGCAGUACAGGUGCAGCUAAACACGUGAAGGCAUGAAGCAUGAAGUCACGUCCAUCACACACACAUCCCUGCUAGAUCCUGUUGGCAUCUUCCUACCACCGGCCAAUGUCAAGACAGAGUUCAGCAGGGAGAACAACGCAGAGACGGAAUACCUGUUUUUCAGACACUGUCAAAAAUAAAAUAAAAAAUAAAGAUCUGUCCCGUUUCGUUUCCUACCAAA